AUGGACAACUUGAUUGAAGGUUUACAAAGAUUGGAAUACAGAGGUUAUGAUUCCGCUGGUCUUGCCGUCGAUGGUAAAAUGAUCAAGGAUUCCAAUGAUGAAGAAUACAUGGACUCAAUUAUUGUCAAAACUCCAGGUAAAGUUAAGGUUUUGAAACAAAAGAUUAUUGAUGAUCAAAUUGACAGAGAUGACGUUUUCGAUAACCAUGUUGGUAUUGCUCACACCAGAUGGGCCACCCAUGGUCAACCAAAAGUUGAAAACUGUCACCCUCACAGAUCAGAUCCAAAAGCUGAAUUCAUUGUUGUCCACAAUGGUAUUAUCACCAACUAUGCUGCUUUAAGAAAAUACCUUUUGUCCAAAGGUCACGUUUUUGAAAGUGAAACCGAUACUGAAUGUAUUGCCAAAUUAUUCAAACAUUUCUACGACUUGAACCGUAAAGCUGGCGUUUUCCCAGACUUGAACGAAUUGACUAAACAAGUUUUACACGAAUUGGAAGGUUCUUAUGGUUUAUUGGUCAAGUCAUACCACUACCCAGGUGAAGUUUGUGGUACCAGAAAGGGUUCUCCAUUAUUGGUUGGUGUUAAAACCGACAAGAAAUUGAAAGUUGAUUUUGUUGAUGUCGAAUUUGAAGCUCAACAUCAACCAGAAAUCAACCACAAUGCUGCCACUUCUGCUGAAUUGGGUUUCAUCCCAGUUGCUCCAGGUGAACAAAACUUGAGAACUUCCCAAUCAAGAGCUUUCCUUUCAGAAGACGAUUUGCCAAUGCCAGUUGAAUUUUUCUUAUCUUCUGAUCCUGCAUCUGUCAUUCAACAUACCAAGAAAGUCUUGUUCUUGGAAGAUGAUGAUAUCGCCCACAUUUACGAUGGUGAAUUACAUAUUCAUAGAGCUUCCACCAAGUCUGCUGGUGAAUCUACCGUCAGACCAAUCCAAACUUUGGAAAUGGAAUUGAAUGAAAUCAUGAAAGGUCCAUACAAGCAUUUUAUGCAAAAGGAAAUUUUCGAACAACCAGAUUCUACUUUUAACACUAUGAGAGGUAGAAUUGAUUUUGAAAACUGCACAGUUACCCUUGGUGGUUUGAAAUCUUGGUUAUCAACAAUAAGAAGAUGUAGAAGAAUCAUUAUGAUUGCAUGUGGUACUUCCUACCAUUCUUGUUUGGCCACUAGAUCUAUUUUUGAAGAAUUGACUGAAAUUCCAGUUUCUGUUGAAUUAGCUUCUGAUUUCCUUGAUAGAAGAUCCCCAGUUUUCAGAGAUGACACUUGUGUGUUUGUUUCUCAAUCCGGUGAAACUGCUGAUUCCAUCUUGGCUUUACAAUACUGUUUGGACAGAGGUGCUUUAACUGUUGGUAUUGUCAACUCUGUUGGUUCCUCUAUGUCUAGACAAACCCAUUGUGGUGUCCACAUCAAUGCCGGUCCAGAAAUCGGGGUUGCUUCCACUAAAGCUUACACUUCACAAUACAUUGCAUUGGUCAUGUUUGCCCUUUCAUUGUCUAACGAUUCUAUUUCCAGAAAGUCAAGACAUGAAGAAAUCAUUAAAGGUUUACAAAAGAUUCCAGAACAAAUCAAACAAGUUUUGAAAUUGGAAGAUAAGAUUAAAGAAUUGUGUAAUAGUUCAUUGAAUGAUCAAAAAUCCUUGUUAUUGUUGGGUAGAGGUUAUCAAUUUGCCACUGCUUUGGAAGGUGCUUUGAAAAUCAAAGAAAUUUCUUACAUGCAUUCUGAAGGUGUUUUAGCUGGUGAAUUGAAACAUGGUGUUUUGGCAUUGGUUGAUGAAGAUUUACCAAUUAUUGCUUUUGCCACCAGAGAUUCUUUAUUCCCUAAGGUUAUGUCUGCUAUUGAACAAGUUACUGCCAGAGAUGGUAGACCAAUUGUUAUCUGUAAUGAAGGUGAUGCUAUUGUUUCUAAUGAUAAAGUCCAUACCACUUUGGAAGUUCCAGAAACUGUUGAUUGUUUACAAGGUUUGUUAAAUGUUAUUCCAUUACAAUUGAUCAGUUACUGGUUAGCUGUAAAUAGAGGUAUUGAUGUCGAUUUCCCACGUAACUUGGCUAAAUCAGUCACUGUCGAAUAG